UCUCUCUCUGGGUCAUCGUCUUGUAUGCUUUAGCUAAAUCAGUAUUACCUCUGCAGAGCAAUCUGUCACACACACACAUGAUGAUUGGAGGUCUGAUUCUUGUGUGUCUGAGUCUCUCUCUGCUCUUCUUCCUGAUGGUGGGUUGGCGACCCAGAGGAUUCCCCCCCGGACCCACACCUCUGCCACUGAUUGGCAACCUCCUGCAGCUCGACCCCAAAACCCCCCUGAAGGACUUGCACAAGCUGGCGCAGCGGUACGGUCCUGUGUUCAGUCUGUAUAUAGGCACUACUCCAGCAGUGGUGCUGACUGGCCAGCAGGCGCUGAGAGAAGCUCUGGUCAGCAAAGCAGUAGAGUUCACUGGACGACCCAAUAAUAUCAUGAUGAGCCAUAUGACUGGAGGGAAAGGGGUGAUUCUGGCUGAUGUCGGCCCUAGCUGGCGAGAGCACCGGCGCUUUGCUCUGUCCACUCUGAGGAACUUUGGUCUGGGCAAACGCAGCAUGGAGCAGCGCAUCCUAGAGGAGCUCACACACGUCUGUGCCUUAUUAGAGAAGAGUGCAGGUGGCUCCAUAGACCCUCAGCAUCUUUUCCACCAUGCAGCGUCUAACAUAAUCUGCUCAAUCAUCUUUGGCUCCCGCUUCGACUACGAUGAUGUCUACUUCCAGACCCUCAUCUCCAUGAUGGAGGAGAUCAACAAGCUGGCCAUCGGGCCCUGGGCAAUGCUCUAUGACAUCGCCCCAGUGCUGCGGGUCCUGCCUCUACCCUUCAGGAAGGUCUUCAGGAACUACCAGCUGCUGAGGGAGCACGUGCAGACAGUCAUCACUCAACACAAACACACACACACACACACACCGGCCCCCAGAGAUCUGAUAGACUGCUACCUGCAGGAGAUACACAAGAGGGCAGGUGACGGCUCGUCGUUUGAUGACUCCCACAUGGAGAGUUUGCUCCUUGACCUGUUCGUUGCUGGAACAGACACAACCUCCAACACACUGCGCUCUGCAUGUCUCUAUCUGAUGACACACACACACAUACAAGAGCGAUGUCAUCAGGAGAUUGACUCCGUGCUGGGCUCUCGUGAGUGUGUGUCGUUUGAUGACAGACACUCCAUGCCGUACGUGCAGGCUGUUCUUCACGAGUCUCAGCGUGUGGCCGACGUCGUCCCCCUCAGUGUGUUCCACACCACCACCGCACACACACAGCUCCAUGGGUACAGCAUCCCUAAGGGUACUAUGGUCAUCCCUAACCUGUCGUCUGCUCUGAGUGAGGAGGGUCAAUGGAAGUCUCCUCGCGAGUUUAACCCUCAUAACUUCCUGAAUGAGCACGGAGAGUUUUUCAAACCUGAUGCCUUCCUUCCCUUCUCUGCAGGCUCCCGUGUGUGUCUAGGUGAGAGUCUAGCCCGAAUGGAACUCUUCCUCAUCCUGGUGACUCUGCUGCGCCGGUUCCAGUUGGUGUGGCCAGAGGAAGAGGGUGUGCCCGACUAUGAGCUGAUAUUCGGGGCCACUCAGUCCCCAAAACCCUACCGUAUGGGCGUCCGGAUACGAAACCACACUGGGAUCUGAAACACUCAUCUGUACAGCUAUAAUAUAUGUAUCUGUAUCUCAAUUAUAUCUCCAUAAUACAUCUAUAAUAUAUCUGUCGGUCAAGGAUACGUAUUUCCGGUGGGGUCUGGGUAAAAACCGGAAGUGAGUACUUUAUUCCAUUUGAUUGGCUAAAACCAGGACCUUUACUUUUUCGAAAUUGCCUGACUUUUAAACGAUCGUUUAAAAAAUAUAUAUUUCUGUAAAGUUAUACGGCUCUAUACUCAACUGACUUGUUAACUGAACUUUUACGAGGCUAUACGUACAACAACACACAACCGGCGUGCUAAUCAAACUUUAGUUACAAGCUAGCGUAAAUAAACGAAUUGCCGUCUUGGCUUGACUGUUUAUUUCACAUCGGGUUUAACUUCUGUUGCUCAUGUCACAAAGUGGCUGCACGAACUGUCCGUAACACUAUGCGCAAUGCAAAAUAUACAAAACAAUGUAGCACACCAAUGCAAUAGCUUAGAAAUGCUAAGCCCCUGAACACCUCCUCGUAUGCAUCAUGCUACAUGUUAUUGAAAUGAGUUCCCGAAAAUGAAAAA